UUACUUCCCAAUUUCAUGGACAUGAAAAAGCCCACGUUGCCCUAAAAUGGUCGAACCCUCGGUUUAGGACACAUCAUUUUUCCAUUCAAAUUCAAACCCCACGCUCUCUUCGAGCUUACUGCCGUUUUUUGUUUUGGCCAGAAUGCUUUGCAAAGAGCACGAAUGGAGUUUUUCACUAGAUUAGGGAUUAGGGAGCGCAACCUUUUUUGGAGAAAAUAAAUGAUAUUUUGAAUUAAGCGCGCCAUGAGUUCUUUGAAUCAGCUGGGGAGGCUCGUGAAUGGUCUCUCCUUAAUCGCAAAAGAGAUCGCCAAACGCUCCCAAACGAUCGAGAGCGUCAAAAAUGGCGAUCUCGAAACCCUAAUCGCUUCAUCUGUCAAAAACGCUUUAGUCUCGGCUACGGACCUAGCGGGCCUAACUAAAGGGAAGGUCCGCGAGUUCUCCAAGCCCUGUCCCAACGAAUCCGUCGUCUACUUCAACAGCAACAAUGAUGGGAGCCAGGCCAAUGCAAAUUCUUCCUCGAACGAUGUCGCCCGGGCGAGCCCUAACCUUGAUGAAUCAAUCAAUUGCGGUAAAGGUGUUAGUAGUAAUGAUCAACCAGUUAUUGAAGUGAAGGUUGGUAAUGAUGGAUUAGGUACAGAAAGUGAGUCCAAUUUGGACAAUAAGCGCGAUGUUGAAGGCGGCGAAGGCGCAGCAAUGGCGGAAGAGGCGCCAGUAGCUGUGAAGAGACGGAGGCCAAGGGAAAGAAAAGUUCCUGCUACUCCAUUUUCUAGAGCAUUUGGCUUUGCUGCAUUAGGAGCUGGUCUUGCUUGGGGAACAGUUCAGGAAUCUGCCAAGAGGCUUGUUUAUGGAUCACCAAACACAAACGACAAGCAAUCUGCAGUUUCACCGUUCUUGUCUGAAAAAAAUGCAGAAAGAUUGGCCCUUGCGUUAUGUAGGAUGCGUGGCGCAGCUCUUAAAAUCGGGCAGAUGUUGAGCAUACAGGAUGAAUCCCUUGUUCCGGCUCCGAUCUUGGCUGCUCUGGAUAUUGUGCGUCAAGGCGCAGAUGUGAUGCCAAGGGGCCAGCUCAAUCAAGUUUUGGAUGCUGAACUAGGCGCUGGUUGGUCUUCAAAGUUGACUAGCUUUGAUUAUGAACCCAUGGCUGCUGCAAGUAUAGGCCAGGUUCACCGAGCUGUUACAAAGGAUGGUAUGGAUGUAGCAAUGAAAAUUCAGUACCCUGGUGUGGCAGAUAGCAUUGAGAGUGAUAUUGAGAAUGUAAAACUUCUGCUAGAUUAUACAAAUCUAAUUCCUAAAGGACUCUAUCUUGACAGAGCAAUGAAGGUUGCUAAAGAAGAAUUAUCUCGUGAAUGUGACUAUCAGUUGGAGGCGUCCAAUCAGAAACGAUUUCGUGAUCUGCUAUGUGGCCAAGAGGGAUUUUAUGUUCCACUUGUUGUGGAUGAUAUUUCACACAAAAGAGUUUUAACAACAGAACUUGUUUCCGGAGUUCCAAUCGACAAGGUUGCAUUACUAAACCAGGGAACUCGUAAUUAUGUUGGGAGAAAGUUGCUGCAACUGACAUUAAUGGAGCUUUUUGUGUUCUGCUUCAUGCAGACUGACCCUAAUUGGAGUAAUUUCUUAUAUGAUGAGGCCACCAAAACAAUCAAUCUCAUUGACUUUGGAGCAGCUCGAGAUUAUCGUAAACGUUUUGUUGAUGACUAUUUGAGAAUGGUUAUGGCUUGCGCAAAUAAUGACAGAGAGGCAGUUAUCGAGAUGUCACAGAGACUCGGGUUCCUCACGGGGAUGGAAUCAGAGGUAAUGCUGGAGGCUCAUGUUCAGGCUGGUUUUGUUGUGGGAUUGCCAUUCUCAAAGCCCGGUGGCUAUGACUUCCGAUCAACUAAUAUUACUCAAAGCAUUUCAAACCUCGGGGCAACAAUGCUGAGGCACAGGCUUACACCACCUCCUGAUGAGGCUUACAGUCUCCAUCGGAAACUGUCAGGUGCUUUCUUGGCUUGCAUUAAGCUGGGGGCUGUUGUGCCGUGCAGAGAACUGUUACUGGAAAUCUAUGAGCACUAUCAUUUUGGUGAAGAUGGGGAGAUCUUAUCAAGUGCUUCAGUAUCUUGAUGGGAUUAUUUCUUUUCUUGUUCCCUCCUUUUUGUUUCCAAAUUUUGAUUAUUUUUUCACAAGUGUAAUAAUAAUUUAGGGAUGCAAUUGGCCAAGUGCCCUUCCCAUCAAAAUAUGAAUUUGUAGCAUAUAAUUGAAACAACGGAGCAGGAAUUCAGCCCAAAAUUUAGCUUUUUAGUUCUUUCUUAUAUUCUAAAGCUAAAAUCCUGCCAACUUAAGUUCAACAUCAAUAAACCCAGUUGGUUACAUAUUGAAAUUUGAUGAUAUUCCAAUAGUAAUUUUAUUGGCAAAUGACAGGAAAA